UAGUCGUUUUACGUUUAGUCGAUGACUGAACGGUGCUCCCCACUCUCGAUAGUUAAGAUUAGCCAUCUCUUUCUUGCGUUUAUCUUUAAAAUUUAUUAUAAUAUAUUACAACGCAGCUUCAGCUCGGACAAUAAAUAUUUGAUUUAAAGUUGUAACGUGAAGUGCUAGUGUGAUUUAAAGCAAUAAAAAAUGGCACCAAUCGAUGGGGCGUAUGAUUAUGACUUGGCGGUCAUUGGUGGUGGCUCGGGAGGGCUGGCAUGCGCUAAGGAGGCAGUGAACCGGGGCGCUCGCGUGGCCGUGUUAGAUUACGUUACCCCGUCGCCGCAGGGGACGAAAUGGGGGCUCGGAGGAACGUGUGUCAAUGUGGGUUGUAUACCGAAGAAAUUGAUGCAUCAAGCUGCAAUACUUGGAGAGAGCAUACAUGAAGCGGUAGCGUAUGGCUGGCAAGUGCCCGCGCUAGACCAGAUCAAAAUCAACUGGGCCGCGCUCACAGAGUCCGUCCAGAACCACAUUAAAUCAGUCAACUGGGUGACCAGAGUCGACUUGAGAGACAAGAAGAUCGAAUACAUCAAUGGGCUAGGCGAGUUCAAGGAUCCCCACACAAUUAUUGCGACCAUGAAGAAUGGGAGCAAGAAGGAAUUGACAGCAAAGAAUAUUGUGAUCGCGGUUGGUGGCAGACCCCACUAUCCGGAUAUCCCUGGAGCGUUAGAGUACUGUAUAAGCAGCGAUGAUAUCUUCAGUUUGGGACACCCGCCCGGCAAGACUCUGGUAGUUGGGGCUGGAUACAUCGGCCUCGAGUGUGCCGGUUUCCUCAACUCCCUGGGCUUCCCGGCCACAGUGCUGAUCCGUUCUGUACCCCUCCGCGGGUUCGACCAGCAAAUGGCGCAGAUGGUGACCAACGAGAUGGAGACCAAGGGUGUGAAGCUGCAGCACAAGUGUGUGCCCGUCUCGGUGGAGAAGCUGGAGACAGGACAGUUGAAGGCCAAGUGGCUGAACACGGAGACACAGGAACAGAGUGAAGACGUGUUCGACACAGUACUCAUCGCGACCGGACGUUACGCGCUAACUAAACAAUUGAAUUUGGAUGCGGCUGGCGUAAACUGCCUCUCCGAGAACGGCAAGAUCGUAGCCGAAACGGAACAAACGAACGUGCCCCACAUCUACGCAGUGGGUGAUGUGCUCGAAGGUCGACCAGAGUUGACCCCAGUGGCUAUCCAUGCUGGUCGCUUGCUGGCCCGUCGGCUGUUCGGUGACUCCACCCAGCAGAUGGAUUAUGAUAACAUAGCCACUACAAUCUUCACGCCGUUGGAGUAUGGAUGCGUUGGACUCAGCGAGGAGACCGCUGUUCAGAGACACGGCGCGGACAACAUCGAGGUGUACCACGCGUACUACAAGCCGACGGAGUUCUUCAUCCCGCAGCGCAACAUCCGCAACUGCUACCUGAAGGCGGUGUGCCGGCGCGAGGCCCCGCAGCGCGUGCUCGGGCUGCACUUCGUGGGGCCCGUCGCCGGGGAGGUCAUACAGGGCUUCGCCGCGGCUGUCAAAUGCGGCAUCACAAUGGAGCAACUGAUGAACACAGUUGGCAUUCACCCGACGGUAGCCGAAGAGUUCACCCGUCUGAACAUAACCAAGCGCUCCGGCAAGGACCCCAACCCGGCCUCCUGCUGCAGCUAGGCAACCACGCACAGUGGGACAAACUGUCCACAGAUUAUAUAUAUACAGAUAACAAAUAGUAAAUUAUAAAUUCAUCACUGUACACAGAUAUAGUACGAUUCAAACUUAAUGGCGGCUCGGAAUAUGAAAUUAUAUAAGCUGAAUGAACUCGUGUACAUACGCCAUUGUAUUAUUGUAAUAUUAAUUAGUGUGAACUCAGGCUCCUGAAAAACAGUUUAUAACUAUAUUAGGAGCCUGGGUCAUUAAAUUGUUGUAUCAAAUUAUGGUGGAAUAAUAAAUGAUUUAUGUAUUUAUUUAUUUAUUUAAAUAUCGUACGAUCCGAUGCGCAGAAAACAAUUUUGGUUAUUAACGGGACGUUAAUCUGUGCACACCCGCACUCGCACUUUGAACCUAAUUUCCGAACCGCCAUUAAGUUUGACUCGAACUAUAAUAAAUAGUAAAUUAUAAUUGCAUCACUGUAUACACGUUAAACAGAUAAUAAAUAGUAAAAUAUGGUUA